UGUAUCGGAAAGGGAGGAGAAAUACUACAAUUCCCAGUAGCUUUGGGGCUUCGCCUCCGCCGGAGUGUUGAGUCUCACGACGCUUGAAUGACUGCGAUGAGUGAGACUGAGCGCUAAGCGCUGGAGCGAUUGGGCGAGCUGGAGGAUGGGUGUGAGAGGCGCAUGAGCAUUGCAGCCCCGGGACAGAGGUGGGGGUGAGCGAGUUGCACGGACCAGAAACUGUCCAGAGGAGCGUUUGAAUUCCAUCGUUUGCAAAUGCUGGAAUAGUGUGUGCACAAUCAUGGAUUCCUACUGAACCUUCUCCAAGCAUCUCGUCCAACAGUAGGUGAUUGGCCAAGCAAUCAUUUCUGUGGUAUCAUGAGGAAGAGGGGGAGGUGUACACUGCCCCCAGACAGCACCCAAGAACAGCAAGGACCUCGGCCACACCAGCUAGCACCAUGCUUGGGGAAAGGGACUCUUUCUGGAGGGCAGCAACAACCAGAGCCGCUGAGUCCAGUGCAGAUCCUUGAGGUGGUGCACCUAGAGUCCUGGCAGUCUCUUAACUCUAUAAAGACCUGCCACAGCGUUCUCGCUGAGCAGGAGCCCUGGGAACCUACUGAUCAUAUGGCCAUGCUGUGCCACCAGCACCUUCCAGUAUUCCUUGGGAUGGUGCCCUUCUCCAUAGUGAAGGACUCUGCUUUCCUGGAACUUAUGCAAUGCAUCUCUCUCCAGGGAAAGAUUCUGGCCGGGAGCUACCUUCUGGUAUCCCAGCAAUUUCAAAUGCCAUCUGUGUCCUGUUCAGGGAACACUUCUGCCAUUGUGUUGGGGAAGCAGUGCAUCUAACUGCAGGUGUUUAGCCUGGCCUGCAGCUCAAAGGCUACAUGUUUGUCACUGCUCAUUGGAUAACAUGUAAUAAGCUGAAGGGAACUGUAAGGCAUAGAGCUAUGCUGAAUGUGAGAGACUUUGGGCAUCGUUCCACUGCUGAGAAUGUUUCCCCCCAACUCGCAGAGGUGAUGGAGGUUUGGCUUGCCAUUCUGGACCUCGGGGCAGGCUGUGUUACCACAGCCAAUGCACAACACAUUGCGGAAGCUCUUCAUGACUGGGCUGAAGGAGUUUCCAUGCACCACUGUCAUCAGUGAAGUCCUUUCUGAGUCUAGUGGUGAGGGGGAGCAAGCCCUGAAUGCCGCACAAGUCAUCCAUUGCCGCUUCCGUCAUUCCACCAUCACCUGGGAGAGAGUGGGAAAACAUGAAAUACCUCUCUGUUCUGCAAGGUGGAGUACCGGCGUGAGCAGCAGUGUGCUGUAACGGAGUUCUCAGAGGACUCGAGCAAACAUUAUCUCAACCCAACUCAGUGGGCUCUGCUGAAGCAUGAAGAAAUUGCCGGUGGAGGCCUUUGAGGAGAGGCCAGUGAGCUUUGACGAUGUGGCCGUGUAUUUCACACAGGAGCAAUGGACUCUCCUGGACCCAGACCAGAGAGACUUGUACAGAGAAGUCAUGAUGGAAAAUUAUGGGAAUGUCGCUUCAUUCGAAGGACUUCCAGUCACCAAGCCUGACCUCAUUUCCCGUCUGGAGCAAGGGGAAGAGCCUUGUUGGGUGCCGGAUGCUCAGACCUUGGAUGGAAGGAAGGUUCCUGACACUAGUCCCGAUAACCCUAGGAAGAAGCACUUAUGCACUGUGUGUGGGAAACGUUUUACUCAGAAACCAAAUCUUACCAGACACCUGAGAAUCCACACAGGAGAGAAACCUUAUAAAUGUCUGGAGUGUGGUAAAUGUUUUGGUUGCCAUUCUCACCUUAUGAGCCACCAGAUCAUCCACACUGGAGAGAAACCCUAUAAAUGCUUGGUAUGUGAUAAAUACUUCGCUCGCAAAGCACAUCUCGCCAGACACCAGGGAAUCUAUGCAGGAGAGACACCCUACAAAUGCUUCGAGUGUGGAAAAUACUUUGCAUGCCAGUCACAACUUGUGAUCCACAAUAGAUACCACACAGGAGAGAAGCCCUAUAAAUGCCUGGAAUGCGAGAAAUGCUUUGCUGAUCCAUCAGCGCUUGUGAGCCAUAAGAGAAUCCACGCAGUUGAGAGAUCCCAUAAAUGCCUGGAAUGUGGGAAGAGUUUUGUUCAGCAGUCUCACCUUUUGAAACACCAGAGAGUCCAUACAGGAGAGAAACCAUAUAAAUGUCCAGAGUGUGGGAAGGCUUUUGCUGACCGUUCAGUCUUUGCAAAACACCAGAGAGUACACACGGGAGAGCGGCCCUAUAAAUGCUCGGAGUGUGGGAAAACAUUUGCCCGCCAAGAACACCUUGGGAGCCACCGGAGGGUCCACACAGGGGAGAAGCCCUACAAAUGCUUGGUGUGUGGGAAAUCCUUUGCCCGCCAGUCUCAUGUCGUGAGCCACCAGAGAGUCCACACAGGAGAGAAGCCUUGCAAAUGCUUGGAGUGUGGGAAAUGUUUUUCUGAGCGCUCCACUUUUGUAAGGCAUCAGAGGACCCAUACAGGAGAGAAACCCUAUCGAUGCUUGGACUGUGGGAAAUGUUUUGGUUCCCCUUCUCACCUCACAAGGCAUCAGAGACGCCACACGGGAGAGAAGCCUCAUAGUUGCCUGGAAUGUGGGAAAGCUUUCGCAGAUCGCUCAGCCUUUGUGAAACACCAGAGAGUCCACACAGGGGAGAAACCCUACCAAUGCAUAGAGUGCGGGAGAUGUUUUGCUAACCGGACACACCUUGUAACUCAUCAGCGAGUCCAUACGGGAGAGAAACCCUAUGCUUGCUUGGAGUGCGGGAAGAAGUUUAGUGCAAACAGAAGCCUCAUUCAACAUCAAAGGCAACAUAUAGGAUAUCCUCUGGCUCAGUGUGUAGAAAACAUUUUGAUGACAGAUCAAACCUUGUGUGAUGUCGGAGAAGGUGCGCAAGAAAGCAAACUUUAUGAAUGGCUUUCAUCUGGGAAGUGGCUCACUAUCGAAGGACCCCUUGUCCAGAAUGAAAGAAUCCACACAGAAGGGGAAACUGUAGGAAUGCCUUGAUCACAGCCAAGAAUUCGUCCCUUACGUCGGUUAAUUCUCCAAGAUGAGGGAUUCUUGCAACAACGCUAUCCAAAGCAUUGGUUCGAAUAAACAACACUAAACCUAAAACAAACUUUUAGCAAAAUUUGAAAAUUGCCAUAAUUUCAAAUUUCACCAUUUUGAUUCUGGAUUUGUGAUCUGACCAUAAAAUAUGAGUGCUUUAGACUUUGUUAGGCAAUCUCUCUUGGUUGAUUGGUUUUUAUCAAAUAUAAAAUGCCAUAAACUAAAUGCAUGAUAACUAUGAAGUAUUGGUAGAAGUACUAAAUACUAUUGCAUGGCCAUUAUAAAAUAUUAAAUACCAUUCCAUUUCACCUAUGUUAUACAGACACUAUUGCAUGUCAAUAGUAAAUACUAAUACUUUUGCAUGCUAACUAUCAAAUAUUCUUAGACACUAAAUACCAUUGCAUGCCAGCUGUCGGGUUUAGUCAAAACGUAGUACCUUUGCAUGCCAGGUAACAAAUAUAGUUAAAUAUUAAGUACUGUUGUAUGCCAGCUAUCAAAUACUUAUACUACUGCAAAGCUGCUCAACUUUGACCCUCCCGCUGUUUUUGGACUACAGCUCCCAGCAUCUCCAGCCACAGCGGCCAAAAGUCAGGGAUGAUGGGAGUUGUAGGCCAACAUCUGCAGAAGGGCUUAAGUUGAGCAGCCCUGUACUAGUGCAUGUCAACUAUGAAAUGCAACUGUCAUAUCAUUCUGUGUCAAAUACUGACAGUGAAUAGUUAAUAUUUGACAUAGAAACUCAAAGCGCUCCCUUUACAAGGUCACAUUGCUGCAGCUCCAAAUGAUACACUGUGUUGCGAUCUCCCUUGGGUUUGGAUAAUGUAAGGAUGUGUGCAUGUAAUGUUCAAAGGGUUUAGGUAUUUAGGUAAAUGGGAGCAGGAAAAGGUUCUGAUUGAGAGAUGGUAAAGAGAAAGUUGCCUCUUCCAUGGCAGUUGGGGUUGAGUAUCUUUGCCAUGGAAAUCGUACACAAAUCUAUGAAGUUGCCUUAUACUGAGACAGCCCUUUGCUCCAUCUGGCCUAGUCUUGUCUACUGUGACUAGCAGCAGCAGCUCCCUCAUAUGGAGGUUUCCCCCAGUACCUGCUGCCUGAGAGUCUUUUCAAAAUAGCAAAGAAAAAGCUACCACCCAAUGAAUAAAGCGUAAACAAAUACAAAAAACAAUCGUGGCCAGUAUACAUCUCAAAUAUCACUUCAUUUUUUGACAAGGUUUCACGAUAUUUCGUUUCACAAUAAGCUUCAUCAGAAGUACAUGAACAAUUAUGUAAUACAAUCAUGAUAAACUUCACAGCUACUAAAUAUAAAUCACUUCUCCCUGGUGUAUGGAAUUCUUCAUUACUUCCUCCAAACACAUUUCUCCAGUUCUUCCAAAGAGUGUGAAUUUAUUUCCAAAAGUUCUUAAAUUCCUCCAGGGGAUUUUGAAAAAGUCCUUGUAGAUGUGAGUUGCUACAGAGCACAAACCACACAUUAAAGAAAACAUUGUAUACAAAAUAAUACAAACUACAUAUAUAAACAUAAAAGUUAAUUACCCAAUGAGUGCAACAAUUCAUAAAGCUGCUGCCUGACACUUAGUCUUUAUCACGACAACUUGAAUAAACUGACCAAACUCUCUUCCUCCAACUUUAUAGCACUCUCUCAAUUAUUCACAGCUGUUGAACCUCCUAUAUCUGCCGCUGUCUGGCAAUCUUCACACAUGAUUAGGGCACCACAGUUACAAAAAGCAAGAUAGAUCCAAAUUCGUAUUUAAACCAUAGGGUUGCAAUGAAUGUAAUCUGUAUAUACAAAGAUUCCUGUCUCUGAUUCCUGAAGAAUUCUCAAAUUGUAAUUCUGCUUAUGCCAUAUAUGUCAUCAUUUGUCCAUGUUUAAAGUUAUACGUUGGCUGCACUAUACGGCCAGUUAAAAAACGUAUUCUUGAACAUCAUUACAGAAUAAAAAAUGGCAUAUUAGAGGCACCACUAACUGAACAUUUUUUUGCAAGCUAGUCAUCAGUCUGAUGACUUUAGGUUUUUGGUAAUCUCCACUUUUAGGAAGGAAAGAUUCAGACAUUGUAAUGUUGACGCAGUGAUGGCUACACAGACAGGAAUCUUUUGUACUGCAAUUUUUUUCUUUAAAAAAUCAGGCAUAGUUUAAUUGGUUGCAUUCACAUGAAGAAUCGCUGGUUUGUAUUAGAUAUUCCUGUAGGGAUUUUUCAGGGGUGUGCGUCUUAUUUCUGGACUUCUCACACACUUGCUAUAAUAUCCAGGAGUACCUUCCCAAAUUUUCUUCCCCCAAGGAGGGUUAUAUUCAAAUCAUGACCCAGAAUCCUCCGUUGCUUUACUUUCUAGUGAAGAAAUACUCCUUAUGUUGCACGGUGGAUUAAGGCUAAAUGUAAAGGAGGAAAGAUAGGAGCUUCUAUAUCUUAACAGUUGCACAGAAGAAGAUCUUAGCAGGCGAGGCUUACAAGGAAAAAUUGCUCUGCCAAAAUCUCCCCUACAAAAAAAGACAGAGACCUUUUGUUUGUGACCACUUUAAUGGGGGCACCUUGUGGGAGCUGAAACAGAUCCUAAUCUGGCAAAGAGCCACUAGUGUCAGAAUAGUUAACAAAAAUGUCUGUUCAAUAAUAGGUUGAAUUUAUGAACUUGCCCAUCCAGGUGUUCAGAUAGUCUGCUAAGUAAAGAAUGUGAGGAUGAUGUCUUAUCCACAUGUAUAAGUCAACAUGUUGAUAGGGCUGACCAUUGACAUCUCGGAGAUCUUUGUUUCAUUUAAACCAUUGCUAAGGCAAGAGACUUAUGUGUCUCCUGUUUUCCUGCCAGUCCUUUCCUUUGCUCACUUUCCUCACCUGUGUUUGGAACACCUGGCGCUCUGCUUGCCACAGCAGGAGAGAACUAGAGGACAGUAGCCUGGUUCAGACAUUAUGCUGUAUGAGUGUACAGAUGUCUGUACAUCCGUACAUGUGUUUGUGUGAAUGAUUGUACCUGUGAUACAGGCCUGUUUCCAGUUAACCUGGAUACAGACCCUUCAAAUGCAUGCUACAGAUAGGAAGUGUACUGAAGUACCUUAUAACAUGUGAGUGGCUGCACCUGUGUACACUAUACAGUACAGAUGUAUGUAUGUUGAACAUUACAUAUGAAUGGGCCUAUUGUCUUUGUGAAACAGACACAACUGCCUCGUCUCCCAAUUCCUCAGUAACCUAAAAGAUAUAAAGUCAAUCUCCAGUAACAGACUGGCAACCCCCUAGAUGUGUAUUUGACUCUGGCAGAAGUGGAGCUAGAUUGAAUUGGGUUGGGAGACAGCACUUGGACAAAUGUUUCCAAGAAAGGAAAAGCAGGAAUGAAAGAAGUAACACAAUCAGUUUCAGAGGGAUAUGAACUAAGGCUGACAGAUAGGUUGGCUGACAGAAACUUGACUGGGAAACCAGCUUCAGUAGAUGACUUUAUGUGAGAGAUCCAGUCCCAAAGGACCAAUCAUGCUUGGAUAACUGCUACCUACUUAUACGAGUAGGCUAGAAACCUUUGUUCUAUAUGUGUAUCUUUGGUGUUUUUUAUUCCAUUCACUUGUUCUCUGUUAUUAAUAAACACAUUCCAUGGUUUAUGAUUAA